AUGAGAGAAAUUAUAACAUUUCCCACCACUGAUGAUAUACGAUCAUCAUCAUCAUCAUCAUCAUCAUCAUCAUCAUCAUCAUCAUCAUCAUCAUCAUCAUCAUCAUCAUCAUCAUCAUCAUCAUCAUCAUCAUCAUCAUCAUCAUCAUCAUCAUCAUCAUCAUCAUCAUCAUCAUCAUCAUCAUCAUCAUCAUCAUCAUCAUCAUCAUCAUCAUCAUCAUCAUCAUCAUCAUCAUCAUCAUCAUCAUCAUCAUCAUCAUCAUCAUCAUCAUCAUCAUCAUCAUCAUCAUCAUCAUCAUCAUCAUCAUCAUCAUCAUCAUCAUCAUCAUCAUCAUCAUCAUCAUCAUCAUCAUCAUCAUCAUCAUCAUCAUCAUCAUCAUCAUCAUCAUCAUCAUCAUCAUCAUCAUCAUCAUCAUCAUCAUCAUCAUCAUCAUCAUCAUCAUCAUCAUCAUCAUCAUCAUCAUCAUCAUCAUCAUCAUCAUCAUCAUCAUCAUCAUCAUCAUCAUCAUCAUCAUCAUCAUCAUCAUCAUCAUCAUCAUCAUCAUCAUCAUCAUCAUCAUCAUCAUCAUCAUCAUCAUCAUCAUCAUCAUCAUCAUCAUCAUCAUCAUCAUCAUCAUCAUCAUCAUCAUCAUCAUCAUCAUCAUCAUCAUCAUCAUCAUCAUCAUCAUCAUCAUCAUCAUCAUCAUCAUCAUCAUCAUCAUCAUCAUCAUCAUCAUCAUCAUCAUCAUCAUCAUCAUCAUCAUCAUCAUCAUCAUCAUCAUCAUCAUCAUCAUCAUCAUCAUCAUCAUCAUCAUCAUCAUCAUCAUCAUCAUCAUCAUCAUCAUCAUCAUCAUCAUCAUCAUCAUCAUCAUCAUCAUCAUCAUCAUCAUCAUCAUCAUCAUCAUCAUCAUCAUCAUCAUCAUCAUCAUCAUCAUCAUCAUCAUCAUCAUCAUCAUCAUCAUCAUCAUCAUCAUCAUCAUCAUCAUCAUCAUCAUCAUCAUCAUCAUCAUCAUCAUCAUCAUCAUCAUCAUCAUCAUCAUCAUCAUCAUCAUCAUCAUCAUCAUCAUCAUCAUCAUCAUCAUCAUCAUCAUCAUCAUCAUCAUCAUCAUCAUCAUCAUCAUCAUCAUCAUCAUCAUCAUCAUCAUCAUCAUCAUCAUCAUCAUCAUCAUCAUCAUCAUCAUCAUCAUCAUCAUCAUCAUCAUCAUCAUCAUCAUCAUCAUCAUCAUCAUCAUCAUCAUCAUCAUCAUCAUCAUCAUCAUCAUCAUCAUCAUCAUCAUCAUCAUCAUCAUCAUCAUCAUCAUCAUCAUCAUCAUCAUCAUCAUCAUCAUCAUCAUCAUCAUCAUCAUCAUCAUCAUCAUCAUCAUCAUCAUCAUCAUCAUCAUCAUCAUCAUCAUCAUCAUCAUCAUCAUCAUCAUCAUCAUCAUCAUCAUCAUCAUCAUCAUCAUCAUCAUCAUCAUCAUCAUCAUCAUCAUCAUCAUCAUCAUCAUCAUCAUCAUCAUCAUCAUCAUCAUCAUCAUCAUCAUCAUCAUCAUCAUCAUCAUCAUCAUCAUCAUCAUCAUCAUCAUCAUCAUCAUCAUCAUCAUCAUCAUCAUCAUCAUCAUCAUCAUCAUCAUCAUCAUCAUCAUCAUCAUCAUCAUCAUCAUCAUCAUCAUCAUCAUCAUCAUCAUCAUCAUCAUCAUCAUCAUCAUCAUCAUCAUCAUCAUCAUCAUCAUCAUCAUCAUCAUCAUCAUCAUCAUCAUCAUCAUCAUCAUCAUCAUCAUCAUCAUCAUCAUCAUCAUCAUCAUCAUCAUCAUCAUCAUCAUCAUCAUCAUCAUCAUCAUCAUCAUCAUCAUCAUCAUCAUCAUCAUCAUCAUCAUCAUCAUCAUCAUCAUCAUCAUCAUCAUCAUCAUCAUCAUCAUCAUCAUCAUCAUCAUCAUCAUCAUCAUCAUCAUCAUCAUCAUCAUCAUCAUCAUCAUCAUCAUCAUCAUCAUCAUCAUCAUCAUCAUCAUCAUCAUCAUCAUCAUCAUCAUCAUCAUCAUCAUCAUCAUCAUCAUCAUCAUCAUCAUCAUCAUCAUCAUCAUCAUCAUCAUCAUCAUCAUCAUCAUCAUCAUCAUCAUCAUCAUCAUCAUCAUCAUCAUCAUCAUCAUCAUCAUCAUCAUCAUCAUCAUCAUCAUCAUCAUCAUCAUCAUCAUCAUCAUCAUCAUCAUCAUCAUCAUCAUCAUCAUCAUCAUCAUCAUCAUCAUCAUCAUCAUCAUCAUCAUCAUCAUCAUCAUCAUCAUCUAGUUUUGGGGGUAAUCUGAACUCUGUUUUGGUUAUAACGACUUUCUAAAAUACAACUGAUCGAUUCAUGCACGGAAGCGAAGGUUUCAGGCAUUCUAUAAUCGCUAAUAUCCCUUGCUGCAUGCUAAUUUUUGAAUCUUCCUGGAGUUAAGACGCAACUGUUUCUGAUUCUUCAAGUAACUUAAUUUCCUUCUACAACGUUUCCCCUUUAUGAACAUGACCUUUUUUGAGCCACGAUGAAGUUUCUUGAAUUGCGUUGUAUUAUUUAGAUUAAUGUCCUAACCCUAAUUUUUUUUACAGAAUACAGUCUUUAUUAUACCUG